CUAUUGGAGAAGUGAAACAAAACUCUUGCAUCAAUUGACUUUCACAAGUUUCACGAGGCGAGCCUUUACUUUUGUUCCUCUGAGACUAGCUUCAAAUGCAACCUUCAUAUCAUACCUAAGCUCCAUGGAAGAAAUAAAAUCUCUAGUAGCCAUAGAUAAACUAAAACAUGAUCCAUCAAAAGCAACAAAAAUAAUUUUUCGAUUUGAUUAAUACCAAUUCUCCCUAGACUUUUCUCAAUUUAUACUCCAUAUAUUUAAUAAUACGUGUCAGUUUAGAUUUUUUUUCAUUUUGCAUCAGAAAAAGCAACAUUCUACCAUUUCAAUGUUAUUUUGUAUAUUAAAUCUAGUUUUUACUUUUUUGAAUAACCAAUAGAUUUUUAUUUAAAUCAUUUUUAUUUAAUUAAUCAAACAUUAAAUAGGAAUAUGAUAGUCAAUUAUACAAAUUCCUUAAUCUCUAAAGUGAUACUUAUUUAAAAACAGAAGGAGUAUAUAGUAUUAAAAUCAAUAUCCAUGGUGACUUUACCAAAUAUUUUUUCAAAACUUGGUCUACACGUACACGGGGCAUGGUAGACAUUAUCUUUUAUCAUAUACCAAAAGGAGAUAUUAUUAUAGUAAUGAAGUUUGAUAAGUAUGUUUAUUUGAUCAAAAAUCAAACUAUGUGACCUGUGGGGUUAGUGAACAAACACAUGAAAAUAAAUUCCGGACCUUAAAUCAGAAUGGGGAGAUAUUUUAAAUUCUGAACUUCCGUUUUCGUUCCACUUAAAGAGAUGCAGCUCCCGGAUAAACACCUUUUUCAACCUAUAAAUACUUAUUUAUCUUUUAAAAAUAAUGAAAUAACAACGUGUAAUCCAUUUACGGAAUAUAUCUUAUAGGAUUUGUUAGAAGGAUGAUCGUAUAUAUAGGUAUAGAGAUUAUCCAGAAAUAUAAAUACUUAUUAUUUUCGGAGUAAGAACUUUUCAAGAAAUUUAUCAAUAAAAAACUGAAUAGAAUUGUGUCAUCGAAAAAUUUGAAUGAUUUCAUUUAUCUUAAGUUAACCAAUAUGGUUCAUGACUUAUGAAACCCUAAACCAAGAUCAUUUUAUCUUAUUUCUUUUAGGCUCACGAACUGACUGCUUUCCCACUAAUUCUACUAAUCAUUUUUUUGUUGUGACACGAGUUACGAAUGAUAUUUUAUAUAGCUUUAGCGUUUACAUUUUUUUAUAUUAAUUAUCUAAUAAUUUUGCCUUAUCAAUUAGCGUCAGAUGGGUUAACGUGAUCAAAGAGAAGAAAGACUAAUCAAAAUUAUUAGUGAUAAAAUAACUUCCAGUCUAUUUCUCGCUUCAUUCGUUCUUCUAUUUAAACGGAGGUAAAGAGCUAAGAAGGGAUCACAUUCAUCCUCAAAACUCAAAACUCUAAGAGACAUUUGCAAAUUAUCGGGAGAUCAAGAAUGGCGGAAGAAGCAUCUAGUUUGGUCGGGAUCAUUGAGACCACCGUGGAGAUAAAAUCUUCACCGGAGAAGUUGCAUGACAUGUUUGUCGGGAAAAAGCACCAUAUCCCCAGUGCAUCUCCAUCCUUCGUUCAUGGCUGUGAGCUGCAUGAAGGCGAAAUGGGCCAAGUUGGUUCUGUCGUAACCUGGAAUUACUUUCAUGAUGGGGAGGCAAGAGUAAUGAAAGAGAGGAUCGAGUCAAUAGACCCGGAGAACAAUAGGGUCACGUACAGGGUGUUAGAGGGUGAUGUAAUGAACGAGUACAAAAGUUUCGUGAUCACCUUACAAGUGACCCCUAAGGAAGGAGAACCUGGAAGUGUUGUACAUUGGCACUUUGAGUACGAGAAAAUUAACGAGGAGGUGGCUCACCCUGAGACUCUCCUCCAGUUUGCCGUCGAGGUCUCCAAAGAGCUCGAUGCACAUCUCUGUUCCGAAGAAUAGAGGAGAAUUCUCUUGUUUCAAUCCUAUAUAUCCAUACUUCUAUUUGUGUUUUUGCCUUAAAUUUCGGUCUUUGAAAGUGCUAUAAAUAAGGACUAGUUAGGAGGCCAUUAUCCAUACUUCUAUUUGUGUGUCAUGAGUGUUUGGAAGUUGUUACUUUGGAGAAGCUAAGUGUAGCAGCAUUAGCUGUGAAGCUACUCGAAAUUGAUGUAUGAAAUGUUUGUUAAUAAUAAAAGCAUAUAUGUUUAAUUAAUAAAUUAAGCAUCAUGCUUCGUGAUUUGAUGAAGAUAAGAAGGGACUGCGCCGAGGAAUAACAACCGAGUCGUGAUGAAAGUUAAACGGGAAGAAGGGGAAUAGAAAGAAAGAUACCUUAUUUUUUAGUUGUACACUUGUACGGUUGUACCUUACAGUUAACUGGGAGUAUAAU